UUUGGGGACAAGCCUCGCGUGAAACGUCAUCAGCGGCGACAAAACCUAAAGUUGGAGCGUGCCUCGCGUCUCACUUCUAGUAAAGAGAAAGAAACGGUGUGUGCUUACUGUUAAGCGAGCCGACUUUUUACAUUCACCACGCCAUCCAUAGAAAGAAGGAAGGAAGAAGCAGCUGCUGUUUACUGGAACAUCAAGAUGGACGUGAAAAAGGAGGAGUGUGAGGUUGACACAAAUACAAUGGAGUUAAGGACUAUCAGUAUUAAGGAAGAGGACUGUGAAGGGGAGCCUUUCGACCCUAACCAGGAGAACCUCUGCAUUAAGGACGAGGAUUAUGAACUGGUAACUGUGGGCAUUAAAGAAGAGGCUGAAGAGAUGUCUUUCAGCAUCGAGAUGCACAGACAUAAAAUUCUGCAGUGUGGCGACGUCAAGACGAGGUCUGAAUCAUUACAGUCUGACGUAAACCGGACUGAGGAAAUUUCAUGUGUUAGAACUCCGGAAGAUCAACCGACACAUUGUUCUGAAAUAAGAGUCAAACGUCACUGCUGUUUUGAAUGUGGCAAACAAUUUUCAAAAAAGUGUAAUCUUCAGAUCCACACAAGGAUUCACACUGGGGAAAAGCCAUAUCGCUGUUUGGAAUGUGACAAACGAUUCUGUAGCAGUAGUGAUCUUCGGAAGCACACCAAAACACACACUGGAGAGAAGCCAUACUGUUGUUCUGAAUGUGGCAAACAGUUUCUGAAAAGGAGCAAUCUUCAGACCCAUACUAGAAUUCACAGUGGAGAGAAGCCAUACUGCUGUUCGGAUUGUGGCAAACAAUUCUCGCAUCUCGGCAAUCUUCACACCCAUACAAGAAUUCAUACUGGAGAGAAGCCAUUUUGCUGUUCGGAAUGCGACAAACAAUUCUCUGACAGCAGUUCUCUUAAGAAACACACAAGGAUUCACACGGGAGAGAAGCCAUUUUGCUGUUCAGAAUGUGACAAACGAUUCCGUAGCAAUAGUCAUCUUCAGAAACACACAAGAAUUCACACUGGCGAAAAGCCAUAUCUUUGUUCAGAAUGUGACAAACAAUUCCGUUACAGUAGUGAUCUUCGGAAACACAACAGAAUUCACACCAGGACACCCUCACUGCUUGUAACAAAGUCCAAGCUAAAAAUCAAUUUGCAGUUUCUAUCUUCUCCAACGGUUUUGGAAUAACCAACUGGCUGAAAAAUGAUCUUUAUAAAGUAGACAGCAAGGUGAGAAAACUGCUGCUCGCCGAAUUACAAUUUUACCAGAACUGGGGUAUUUCGAGGGAUUAUAUCCCAAUAACAGAAAGAGCUUUGGGCCUCACUGAAGUUGACUAGCAAACUGGACUACAGAAUUACCUAGUGAACUCUAAAGAACCAAAUGUAGAAAAAGUGUUUAACCACAAAUCAAGAAAACCCAAGAGAACUUCCAUAUUCAAAUUUACUCCUCUGCUUUGGCAAAAUGAAUGACAGAAACUCCACCAGUUUUGUGCACAGAUGGAUGCUACAUCUUAGGAACAAGAAUUUAAAAAAAAAUUAAACCACUGGAAGAGAAGAAAAAAUUGACAAGACCGUAAAUAUUGAGUUAAAGAUGCUGCAAUUUUCUUGAACAGGCCCAGGUGGAAUGUUCUUAAGGGGUUAACUAUGACUAAAAGUGAACAUCUAAUCCUGUCCACACAAGAUGGUGACCUGCACACAAUGCUUACUGUAAACUUAUGGAAGUAAGAAAUAAAGCAGUACAACUGAACUGUCCUGACCCAAGAGUGAGGGUUCCCUCCUGUCUUAAUAGUAAGCACACCAAAGAAGUUAAUCGGAGAGGAGCACAUUGCUGUUUGGAACGUGACCAACAACGAAAUUGAAAGUCGCCCUUUAAUCACUCUGCAUGGAGCUGUGUGGCAUUGAGAAAAGCAUACAUAGAAGAAGUGAGAUCACAAAGCAGAAAUACAACAGAGGAAAUUACAAAACAGGAUAUAAACACACGAGCAGUUGAACUUCACCAUGGAAAAAUGAAGAGUUCAGGCAGAAGCGCAGAAGUUAAGAAGGUACAAACAAAGCCUACAGAACAGACCACUCUGGGGGAAUCCCAAAAAGUGCUGUAGGAGGUUCAGUGACCGCACCCUGGAAGGAACUUCACCAACCAGGCAAGAGAAGCUGAAAUAGUUUGAAGAAAAGAUGAGGAUGCCCAAGCACACCAUAGAGAAGCAACAUGGAUAAAAAAAAUAAAACACAGACAGAAAAAAGAAAAUGAAAGAAGUUAAUUAGCUUGAGGUAAUGGCAAAGGAAGCAAGAAGAUCAAUUAGGAACUAAGAAAUCCAUUCCCGGACAUUUUUCAUUCCCGCAUUCCUGAGAAUGAAACUGCCGCACUUCCCAGGAAACUGGGAAUGGCCAAGCUCGCAUAUAUAGCGUGUAAAAAUCGAUCAAGAAAUAGUUAUAGUUGAAAAUAAUUAAGUGCCACGGUUUUUAGGCCCACGGUGUGGUGUGUUGCCGAUUUAAUGCAGUCAACAACAGACCAGCAGCAGUCAGUCUCCCGGCUCCCACUAAGACUGAGCACACUCUGCAGCUCACGAAUGCCGGGAUGGGGCAGACUUCAUUGACGUCUCUCAGACAACAGCUGUGAACAGCAACUUGGAAUUGCAAUGCGUCGGUCUGUUGCAUCCGCAUUAGCUGUGCCAAGAAACUUGCCAUCGCAGAAUGAUGACAAGAAACUGGAUGCAUUGGUAAAAGCUGAAAUGGCGGAAUCAGAGGUUUGGGCCACCAUAACAUUCAACUGGAAGGCCACCCUGUGCCUAUUUAUUCAAGGCAUCUGAACUGCAUUGUGACUUGUGGUGUUUAGAGCAUUAGGGAGUAUCAUUGGAUUUUAUUGUUUGAUUUUUCACUGUCUUUUGUGAUUUCAGAAUUGAAUUGUAGAUGUCUUAUGUUUGUGUUGACUCACCUUUUUAGGCACAUCAUUUUUAAUAGUUUUGUAUACUUCUUGUUGCUGUUU